AUGGCAGGGCGUCUUUGUGGUGUAGCAGCAUUAAUUUUAAAAGAUUUUCCUAAAGCUCCAUUCAUCCACUGCUAUUCCCAUCAACUUAAUCUGUGUGUUGCCAAAGCAUGUGCAAUUCCUUCAAUUCGAGAUAUGAUGGAUCAUGUUAGGAUUGUCUCUGAUUUUUUUAAUAAUUCUCCAAAGAGGUUAGAAGAUCUAUCUACAAAAAUUGUUGAGCUAUGUCCGAAAUCAUCCUUUCAAAAGACAAUAAAUGUUUGUAGAACCAGGUGGAUUGAAAGAAUUGAUGGUCUUGAAGCUUUUAUUGAAUUAUAUCCAGCUAUAAUUGCAUCUCUUACUUGUAUUAAAGAAGAUGAGACAUGGAACUACAAAUCCAGAGGUGAUGCUUCUGCAUAUGUGACAAUAUGUUGUUCGUUUAAGUUUAUCAUCACCUUAAUCAUAGUCAGGAAGUUAUUAGGGUAUACGAGAUCACUGACAAAAAUGUUGCAAAAAGUUGAUCAAGACUUCUCAAAAGCUCGUGAUGAUGUGGAAAUUUUAAAAAACACUCUUUUAUCUAUUCGGAGCUCUAUUGAAACUUCACACUCAGAAUGGUAUAAAGAAGCUGUUACCAUAGCUGCAACUAAUUAUACCUUGCCAUCUAAACCAAGAACAUGUGGACAACAAACACAACGUGAUAAUCAUCAAGUAGAUGAUAUUAGUGAAUAUUAUCGAGUAACUUGUUCGAUUCCUUUUAUUGAUCACAUUCUAACACAGUUAAAAUCUUUAUUUUCUUUAGAAAAUUUAACAUUGCUAGAUAGUUUCGUCAUCAUACCAUCAAAUUUAAUCUCUGACAAGAAGUGGAGGAAAAAAGUAAAAGAAUUUGCUCAUACAUACAAUAAUGAUUUACAAGAACCAAGUUAUCUUUAUGCUGAAUUGGAUAUGUGGAAAGUAUAUUGGAAAAAUCACUCUGAAACAGCUCCUAAAACUAUUUCAGAUUCACUACAAAAAUGUGAUGGCAAUACGUUUCCAAAUAUUUCUACUAUACUUCGAAUCCUUUGCACAGUACCAGUUACAACAUGUACUUGUGAAAGAUCAUUAUCAGCUCUGAAAAGAAUUAAAACUUCCUUGCGCAAUUCUAUGACAGAUGAUUGCCUAAAUGGAAUUUCCAUGUUGCACAUUCAUCGAGAUGUUGAAAUUGACUUAAAUAUUGUUAUAGAUGAAUUUGCGACUGCAUUUCCACGAAGAAUGGAGUUUAAAAAUAUAUUGAACUCUGAUGAAUAG